CACUUACCUAUUCGGCACAAGAAACGAGAUGGUCACCAUUAGUUACGUCGUCGUGUCGUGAAUGUCGUGGGCUAUUCUCUUCUUGGGACGUGGAUCAGUUACAAGAAAAGCCAGCAAAAGUAACCAUUUCUAGGUUACGCAAUGGAUAGCCUCGACUGUCCUGAUCCUGGCCCAACAUUAAAAUUGAGAGAAAAUUUCUUGGCUAAAUGCAUCUGUAUGUAGCCAUCUAAAUUCUCUCUUUCUUCUUCCUCUUUAUUCCUUGCUAGUUCUUUACCACUUCUCCAGGAAAACAAACACGAUGUCUUCUUAAAGAUAAAACAAAGAAAAGGCAUAUAUUAUUGAUAUUGUCAAUGUUGUAAUCAAUGACACGGAGGGAUCUUAUUAAUUAUUUCUGUAUCUGGAAAAAAACAAAGGACGAGGUUUGGGAAAAGUGUUGUUAAAGAAAUUGAGAAUUGGAGGGGAAAUAGAUAUGGUUUUCUAUAUUGCUGUGCAACUGAUGAAGUAGAUUCUUUUAUCUACUUAGAUUCACUUUGUUUCUUUAAAUGCUUCAUAUUAGAUAAUGGAUUUUGAAACAUCUAAAAAGUGAAAAGAAGAAGAGAGGAUGGAGCAUUUGAAAGGCAAGGCAGAAGAAAGGUAAACGAAAAGUGAUGUAAUUUUUUGAGGAAACAGAGAUUAAUCAUGGUGUUGAUAUUUUAUUCUUUUUUAGUGCCAAUUUGUUCGGCCCAAUUUCUUUCAGCUGGUUUCCCUUUUUUGACAGCCUAACUGAGUUUACCUAUUCUUUUCCGCCUCUGCUUCACCUGAUCAAGCCGUCAUUAAAUCAUUAUUUACCUAAUUGCUUUAAGUAUUGGUCCAUUUACAAAGGAAUAAAGAAAGUAAACUAAAUACCAAUUCUAUGGAAUUGAAUUUCUUUCCAAAUUGGCCUUGCUCUUCUAGAGGCAAGUUCCAGUUCCACCUACUUAUGGGAAAAAUAUCUACUUAAAACAAGUGGCACGGAGGAGGCAGUAGCAAGUACUCUCUUUCUGCAACUUCUCUGCACUGAGGUUGGGCUGGGCUAAUAAUAUUUCAAGCUAAUAGACAUGAUCCGCGAGCACCAAUUCUUAGAACUUUUAUUUUUCUAUUUUUGUCAUUUUGUGAAUUUAUGUCGUUUAUCCAAAAACGGACAUUUGGGCUCUUACAAAUUACAGGAACCCAAAAUGACAUGUCGUCUAUUUUCAACAAAGAAUCAGUGGUUUGUUGUUCUAUCAGGAUAUAGCAAAAUCUUCUCCACCAGCUUUUUUUACUGUCACGCUUAGAGUGUCGUUUACAAUGAAUUACACAAGAACCGUGGAAGCACACGGUGUGUCGUUUAGGAAGUACCAGUAUACUGGCGGGCGAGGCACAAUAACUAGAGUUUUGCUUUGAACAUUUUAUAGAGAGCGAAUGGAGGACGAAAAGACGAUUCUGAAAGAAGUGUUCGGCGAGUCAUCAGAAAGCGAAGCCGAAGAAUCAAUCGUUUUUUCUUCAUUGCACGACGAUGGAUCUCACUCAACUACUGAUCAAAACCCUACCUGGGAACUGAUUCAUCAAAUCAACGGCCUAUGGUUGUGCAGAAACUUCCUUUCUUCUCACCAACAGUCCACCCUGCUUUCCCAUAUUCAAAACGAGGGAUGGUUCACGGAGUCCUCAAACAAUCAGGCUAUGAGAUUUGGAGAUCUCCCAUCCUGGGCCAUUCAACUUUCUCAUUCUAUUCGUGAAGUGGUGCUCUUUGGUGAUCAGAUCUCUCAAUCUCCAAACUUGGGUAGCUGUGAUGAGGAAAAUGGCAGCACUCUGCUGCCAUCAAAUUUGUUGUGGAGAGAGCCACUGUUUGAUCAAUUAAUCGUCAAUGUUUACCAACCAGGUGAGGGGAUCUGUGCGCAUGUUGACCUCAUGCGCUUUGAAGAUGGAAUCGCAAUCGUCUCCCUGGAGUCAUCUUGUGUGAUGCAUUUCACACAAGUUAGGGCAGUGGAUGCCAAUGAGAAGGGAGAAAAGGACCAGGACAUGACAAGUAUUCCUGUUUACUUAACCCCUGGAUCCCUUGUUUUAUUAUGGGGAGACGCUCGCUACCUCUGGAAGCAUGAGAUUAAUCGCAAGCCGGGAUUUCAAAUGUGGGAAGGGCAGGAAUUAAGUCAGAAGAGGAGAACAUCUAUAACACUGAGAAUGCUUUGCCCUUCUGUGUAGCAAGGUGCAAGAUUCUUCUAUUUCUUGGUAGAAUAGAAAAGGUUUAUUAUCACAUUGGCAAAUUUGUUGAGAUUUUCUUCGCUCUUCAGUAUAUUCCUCUUGGCGAAAAUUUUCCGAAACCAGUGCAUGUCUGUGUAAUGAAGGACACAAUUCUAGCCAAAGUUUCUGAGAGUCGGUGGGUCUCCUACUCUUCUAUGAUUCAUUUACAUUUUGGAAGACACGGCAGAGUCCAAGCCAUAGGUGUUGAGCAUUGGCAGAAGAACAAUUACAAGGGAGGAUGCCUUGCCUUAACAGACACCUGUCAAAAAACCCAAGACUCUGAAUUUCAGGUAAUCUAGUUCAAGCACCCGCCCUAACAAUUACUGGUUAGAGUAGCGGACGCAGAGUACUUCAAGUUAAGAAUCCACAAGAACUUAACUUAUCUUGAAUUGUUUCCUAAAGUUAUCCAAUAGAUUUUGUGAAAAGAUUUGAAUAUGAAGGCUUGAGAUGUUUAUUGAUCAAUGAUGUGUAAUUGUAUUGUUUUUGUAUUCUGAGUUACAAGAUGAAUAUGCAUUAUGUUAUAUACAA